GGAGCGGGAGAAGCGGCGGGCGAGGAGCUCUGCGUUGGCGCAGCCGGGCUGAACCCGACAGGCGGCCGCCGAAGGAAGGAGCCGGGGCGGCGAGGCUGAGAAAUCAUCUAAAAUCUCUGAGGAUGACAUCAGGUUGAGAAAAGAGAGAGACCAAAAUUGUGCCAAUUUCCUGAAGCCUGAUAGCGUGCGUGCAACAAAGGGCGAGAAAAUGGAGAUUGAAGCCCUUGCUCCAGAACAUAAAGCCAUCACAGUAGGAAGUUCAACCCAUGCCGUAGACAAUCAAACUCAUUUAUUCUCCCCUGCUGCCAGUCACAAUGGACUUAAAGACAGACACGAAUCCUUGGACAGUGAGGUUGCUAAAGAGAUCAGAUAUCUGGAUGAGGUGCUAGAAGCAAACUGCUGUGAUUCUGCUGCCGAUAAUCCCUUUAAUGGGAUGACUUUUUCUUCUCCUGAGCCAAGUACAUCCAUUGUCGUUGAUGGCUCUGGCUUACCUGUUUGCAUUACUAAUGAUUCCGUAUCACACUAUGAAAGGGAUGCCCUAGCAGUUGGUCAGGAAGCACCUCCCGUUAGUGAACACAGUGGGGUAAAUGUAGCAUCUGAGAAGCUAAAACCAAAUGGCCAUUCUACAGAUGGAUUGCAAGAGGAACACUGUGAUGAUCUGAAAGGUACAGCCAGUCCGAGCUCUUCCACAAGUUCAAGGUCUUCCAGGGAUGGAGAAACACCGUUAACUACGAUUAAGAAAGAAGCUAAGUUUGAGCUUAGAGCAUUUCAUGAAGAGAAAAAACCAUCCAAACUGUUUGAGGAGGAGGAUGCGAAAGAGAAGUACCGCGUGCGCAAAGUGAGGCCUUCUGAGGAAAUGAUGGAGCUGGAAAAAGAGAGGCGGGAGCUUAUCAGAAGCCAAGCUGUCAAGAAAAACCCGGGCAUAGCAGCCAAGUGGUGGAACCCACCCCAGGAAAAAACGCUUGAGGAACAGCUAGAUGAUGAUCAUUUGGAGUCUCACAAGAAGUAUAAAGAACGCAAAGAGAAGCAGCAGCCACCAUUGAUGGCUGCGAAGAACGUGCCAUGUUCUUCUGCACCACCUGAUCCAGCUAGUAUAAAAAAGGACGAUAUUGUCACUGAGCAAAUAGAUUUCUCAGCGGCCCGGAAACAGUUUCAGCGAAUGGAAAAUUCAGGUCAGCCAAACAGCACAGCUGCACCCAAGAGAUCAGGGGCCCCCAAAAUGUUCACCAUCCAACCCUUCUAUAAACCAAUAGGCCCAUCCCAAGUAGACCGGCGAACGCACCCAGUUACAAAGCCCGUGUCUCUGUGUGGGCAAACAGGACAGGUGGGCAAUAAUGAUGUAACUAUUGUAAAAGCAGAGAGAGUUUCUUGCAUCAUAGAUGACAGCAGCAUAGGAAUUCAGAAUAGCUCCAUUGACCUAAUGAGAGUGUCCCCUUCCACAAAGCUUAACCAGGCAGCAAAAGUAUGGACGGAUGACAGUGAAUUCAUGAGCGCAAAGGCAGUCUUUACAGUGGUGAAGGACGAUGAGCACAGGCUACUAGACCAGUUCUCAAGGUCUGCCAGCAUGUCUUUCCCACCAGAGGAGCUGGACUCGGGUUUGGAUGAAUUGUCGGUGAGAUCUCAGGAUACAACCGUUUUAGAAACGCUUUCCAAUGACUUCAGCAUGGACAACAUCAGUGACAGCGGUGCCUCCAUUGAGACAACGAAUGCCCUUCAAGAAAAUUCGCUCACAGAUUUCUCCUUGCCCCAGACUCCGCAAGCGAACACGCCUUCUGAGUGUCAAGGGGAGGGUAUUUCCAAGUCACUGAGCGACCAUGGUUUUUACUCACCUUCUUCCCCAUCGCUUGACUCCAUGCUCAUCAACGAGCAGUUGGAAUACCAGGCUGGACUACUGGUUCAAAAUGCCAUUCAGCAAGCCAUAGCGGAGCAGGCUGACAAAAUAAACUCCAAGCAAGCAAAAGACACUACAGAGCAAAAAGACCACCAGGUUGAGAGGCAGGAGGCCGCAGACAAAACACCAUGUUCUGAGAAGCAGCACAAUUCAACUUUUCAGCCUCCUCAGGUGUCCUCUCCCAUGCAAGAAAAAAGGGAUACACCACCAAAGGCUUCAGCCGCUCAAGACUCGGUACUCAGGGAAAGGCAAGCUCCACAACCAUCGCUUGCUGCUCAGGCUCCCCAACUGGUCACUGUGGAGGAAACCAAGCCAGAAGUCAGCUAUUUCAGCAAGUAUUCAGAAGCAGCUGAGCUGCGGAGCACGGCUUCCAUUCUGGCUCAGCAAGAAGCGGAGGUGACGGUAGGGCCUUUCAAACUAAGGUCAAAAAAGCAGAGGACUUUGUCCAUGAUCGAAGAAGAAAUCCGAGUGGCCCAGCAAAGAGAAGAGGAACUCAAAAAACAGAGGCAAGGGAUGCCAGUGACGCAGAGUCCCUUUGCAAAGGGGGCCCCUGCCCUCCCCACCAGAACUGUGUCUUACAAAACGGCACCAGGCAAAAUAGAAAAGAUCAAGCCGCCGCCAUCCCCAACCUCGGAAGGCCCCCCGCCACAGUCUGACUUGGCGUCAGAUGAAGCCGCAGGCCCCCAGAAGCCCAAGAACCUGAUGCAGACCCUCCUGGAGGAUUAUGAAAGUCACAAAACCAAGAGGCGGGAGAAGAUGGAUGACAGCAGUGUCCUGGAAGCGACCAGGGUCAACCGCAGGAAGAGUGCUCUAGCCCUGCGCUGGGAAGCUGGCAUUUAUGCUAACCGGGAAGAAAAUGAGUAGUUCUUCUUGGCAAAUACGCAAGCGCUUUAUUAUUAUUAAUUAUUAUUAUUAUUAUUAUUAUUAUUAUUAUUGCAGAGACCAAGAAACCAAAUAGAACAACAAAUAGAAAUUUUAAUUUUUUUUUAAAAAAGCUGCAUCAUUUUAAUCUGAUAUUUAUUGUAAAUGCACCAGUCUCUGCAAUCCGUAUUCAAACAGGAGCAGACCAUUUUAUAUGUGUGUGAGUGUGUGAACAUCUAUACACACAACCCAGGACAGUUACACUGAGAAAAGCAUCCCUUGUCCCCGCUCCCCUUCAAAACACCCAAGGCAGCUGACUGUAACUUUGGAGUCAGUGCCGCGGCACUGACAAGAAAUCGUGGCAGGAAUCGACAGCACAUUUCAGAGCGGAAAGAACGACUACCUUAAUGCUUUCUUUAACUAUCUUCACAGCAUUGUAUUGGAAAUGGAAAGAGUUCGGCCUGUAUAGCAUCUUACCACAAGGUGGCAUCUCAUGAGGAAAAACAAACCAUUGUUCAAGCUUUAUUUGGGUCUGACCGUGGCUCUUUGUUCCAUAUGUGGCUUUAAAAAGAGGGAUAUUACUCUGGUAUAUCCUAGAUAACCAUAAGAAAUCCAAGAUAGUUUUUUUUAAUGUUGUUAACUUGUGGGGGCAAGAGGGUUUUUUUUGGUUUAAUUCUUGCUUUAAAUUAGUAGACUUUUUUAAAAAAAAAGAAAAAGAGGAGUCUGUUAAUUUUCAAAUGUGAAUGUACAAUCCAUUCGCCAUAAAGUACAGAGGGGGGGGGUGUUACUGUUAUUUUGCAAGGGUUUUUGAGGGGCAAAAUCAGGUGGAUGAAGCUUUCUCUUAAUUUAUCAUAGGUGGUUUUAGUUGCAAGUUUACCCACACAUUAGUUCAUAAUCAAUAUACUUAAUACAGUUUCCUUUUAAUAAUGAAGAACCAAUCCCUUGGUAGUCUAGAAGAGAGAGAUGGAGAGAAAUGUCUAACCAGAAUGUUGUAGUUUUAGCAACCUGUAUGCUUGUGGUUAUCAGAUUGGUCUCUUGUCUCUCAGUACAUACUUGCAUUAUUAUCUAUCUGUAUUUAAUGGGCAGUGGUAGUUGUGAUAAUAUGGGAAGGGACACACAGUGAAAUUUAUAAAGAGCAGCAGAGUUGGAAAGAUAAGGGGAGAAUCAGAAACAUUUAAAUGUUUUUACUGAAGCAAUUAUUGACCUUCAAGUCAAAUUGCUGAGAAAGGUAUCAAAGAAAAAUAGUUAUAUCUUUUAGCUAUAUUUGUGCUACAUAAAAAAUGGUCUUGGUAUUAAAUAAAGUGUGAGAGGGAUGUUUUAACAGGAUAUGAAAAAAGUUGAGAGACGGUGAUGUAAGAGGGGAAGAAAAGAGCCAAAGGAUUAUUUUUGCUGUUCGUUCAGUGUUUUCAGAUGUAGAAGAAAAUGUAUAGAUCCUUUAGACAGAGUGUCGGCUGGGAAUCUAUGACACAGGAUUAUCGGUGUGUGCGUGCGUUUGCGUGUGUGCAUGCGAAGCUGCGUUCAUAGGAGGAGUAUGAAGAAGAGACAUGGGUGUACAGAUUAUUUUCUCCAAAGCUAUUUGCCAGCUCUAGGGGUAUAAACAUUUCUUUUUUUUUUAAGGAAAUAUUAAAGAGGCACUAAACUGAUGCAGUAUUCAUAAUAACAGAGCUGAACUGAAAUCGCAUUUGCAUGAAUUAGCCUUUCAAAACUAUCAAACUGUUUUGUAAUCUGACAUUUAGCAGGAAAUGUGGUAUUUAUUCUUAAACUUUGUAUUCUGGCAUGGUAGUAGAGUCUACCUGCCAGUUUAGUCUUUUAUCUGUCCAGGCAACGCAUUAGAAUGUUUAAUUAUCAACAGCCAUAAUUUCUGGUCCAGAAUUUAUCACACUUCGAACAACUGCAUAAAAAGAUUACUUUAGACUGUUUUUUUAAGGGAAGCAAAAACUAGGGGGCCUCCAUAAAUUUCUGUUUCCAUGUUACAUAUUAUAAACAGAAAUCUUUGUGUUCUGAUAUUUCAAUAGACUAAUAAAGGACUUGGCAAUCUGAAAGAUCUUACUUUCCUAUAGAAAAUGGCAGUUUUCAAUACGAAUACAGCAGCAUUGGAGGGGACUCUCUCACUCACUCUCUGUUGUAUAUAGAGCAAAGUAGAAAUGUUUAGGCCUAAGGAGGCCAUCUGCAUGGAUAACAUUGUGUACAACUGAUAGUAUUCCAAAUCUCUUGCUAUCUAUACAGAUCUUCUUCUGACAGCUGUGCAGACAGAACUGCGUGCAUUCAGAGGGGACUUUUCCUUUACUUAGCUGGAAACAGGAAAGUCCCAAGUGCUUGCAGGGAUUUCUUUUUAAUAUUCCUGCAGGACUAUGGGCCAGGCAUCGUGGAUCUACUACACCUUUGCAAAUUUUGUAACCAGAAAAAAAUCCCAGUUACUGUGAUUGGAAUCUAUUUUACAUAUAAGAGCUUUAUAUUUGCAGUUUGCACACUAUUCUGGUUGAAUUUUUUUUUGUAAGAACGAAGAGGUACAAUCCAGCCAAAAGUACCAUUGAUCUGUUAAUUUCAAUAGAAGCACCUGUUUAACUCUUGUCUGUUGAUAUCAAUGUAAUUGAAAAAGUCCUUAAUUUUUGAUUGGACUGAAUGCUAAACUGUUUCAGAUUAGGAAAGAAUAACUACUUCGUGAGUAGAAGAAAAAACAGAUAUAUAGAGAGGAGGGUGGGUGAAGAUGACUGGGAAAGCUGUUAAACCGUUUGCGGUGAAGAACUUCUAUCAUUAGCUCGUAAAGGCCCACUGACACUUGUCUAUGUUUUCUGAGCCUUUAGCCAAAAUUGCCUGUACAAUCAAGACUGUGUUCUCCAGAGGGCUGUUCUUUUCAAAGCCAGUUGAAAAUUCUCAGGAUUAUGACAAAGCAGUUGGAUUGUGUGCUGUGCUGUGCGCGGAUCUUAGUAUGAGGAAGUUAGUUCCUUUUUAUAUUACAUGCAACUCUUACUGAAAAAUGGUAAUUUUAUAAUGGGGGAAAUAAAAUCAAAGACUAUAGGUUUGCUUGGAAUUGGAUCCCCCCUCCCCCUGUGACAAGGUUGUAAUCAACUCAACACAAAGAAUGCAUUCCCUGUUUCUAAAAAUGAAAAUAAAAAGACACCAAAAUCA